CGAGCGUUGCCGAAUGUUGAAGCUGAACUCUGGUGGCUUCUGUUGGUUUUUCUCGUUCAUUUCCUCAUAUUUUCUCUCUACCGUUAUCGUUUAUAAACCUUUAACCCUUAUUCUUUGCAUGUUGGCAGGAGCUCCGGCUCCCUCUGAAGGAGCCUUUGCUCAAAAGGGAACCGCAAAUCUUCAAAAGAACAAAGCCGUAGGUCUUGAGUUGAUUUUGUUCUGAAAAAGUUUCCAGAUCUCUGCAUUGGUUGAGGAAGGAAAGAAGGAACGAGAGAAGGAGAAGCAAAAUGUCGAAUGUCUGGGGAGGAAUCGGUGCGUGGGCCGCUGAGGCCGAGCGUGCCGAAGCUGAAGAGCGCGAGCAUGCGGCCGCUGCCGCUAAUUCUCAACUUGCCGGCGUUGGGGAGUCGCAGAGUUUUCCGAGUUUAAGGGAAGCCGUAUCUGCCAAGCCCAAGAAGAAGAAGAUGACGUUAUCUGAGUUCACAACCGGAACUUACGUUGGCCCCGGUGGAGCCAGGCGCGAUUCCUCCGUGGAGUCUAAGGGUCUCACAACCGAUGAGAUGCUUCGAUUGCCAACUGGUCCCAAGGAGAGGACUCCCGAGGAGUUGGAGUACGGUCGCCUCGGAGGUGGGUUCCGCUCCUAUGGCCGAACUGGGGGGCCUCCGUCUGGGCGCAUGCGUGAGAGAGGUGACGAUAGUGAUGGUUCGUGGGGUGGUGGUGGUGGUGGUGGUGGUCGGAGAUCCUAUGGGGAUUUCGAUGAAGAACGGAGGGCUUCCUCUGAUAGGGCUAAUGAUUUCGAUCAGCCUUCUAGGGCGGAUGAAGUUGAUAACUGGGCAGUGGGUAAGAAACCUCUUUCCGUUUCUCCCAUGGAUUCUGGACGACAAGAUCGCUACAGUUCGCUUGGUAGCGGUGGUGGAGGUCCAUCUAGGGCUGACGAUGUCGACAAUUGGGCUGUCGGGAAGAAGGCACCUUCUCCCGCUAGAUCUAUGGGUUUCGGCUCAGGUUUCAGAGAUUCCGCUCCCGAUAUGGAUCGCUGGAGCAGAGCACCACAGCGUGAUGGGGAUCGUGAGCGUCCACGGCUUGUUCUGGAUCGACCCAAGGGUGAUGGCGUCAUUAAUGAACCUCCCAAGGCUACCAGACCUAGCCCAUUUGGUGUGGCGCGUCCCAGGGAGGAGAUUUUAGCUGAAAAAGGUCUCGACUGGAAGAAGUUGGAUUCAGAUAUUGAGUCUCGUAAGCCGACGAGUCGACCUACAAGCUCUCAUUCAAGCAGGCCUUCGACUGCUCAAUCGAACCAUGCGGAAAGUCCUGCGCCACAGGUUCUGGAAGCAGCACUAAAACCACGACCAAAGGUGAAUCCUUUUGGGGAUGCCAAGCCUCGAGAAGUCUUACUGCAACAGCAAGGCAAGGAUUGGCGGAAGAUUGAUUCGGAACUCGAGCAUCGUCGUGUUGACAGGCCUGAGACAGGUGAGGAGAAGACGCUGAAGGAAGAAAUAGAUCAUAUAAGGAAGGAACUGGAGAAAGAAAGUGCAGCGGAUGCAAAUGGGGAAACUCUGGAGUCUGGUCAAGAGAAAACCAGUCUACAUGAGCUGAUGUUGAGCAAAGAAAAGGAUCUGGAACUGCUAAUCCGUGAGUUGGACGACAAGGUAAGGUUUGGCCAGAAAUCCUUUGAGAGGCCUGGUUCUGGAGCAGGCAGGGUUGCUGGCUUACCGGAGAGGCCACCCUCUCAGUCUGGCUUGUCGGACGACUAUAGAAGUGGUACGGCAGAUGUGUGGAGCAGGCCCGGAGAUGAUAGAAGAGCAUUUCAGGGUGGCAGGGAAAGAGGAUUUCUUAGCAACAGAGACAUUGACAGGCCCAAGUCUAGAGGGAGAUGGUGAGAAGUCUGUUGUGAAAUUGAGGUUUUAGUUCCUUUUUGCCGCCAGGACAGAAUAAUUUUCUUAUAGUCAAGUUAUUUUCCCUCCCUUAUGUUUUGCACCAAGUGAGCCGAGAAAUAUAGCGGAAAACCUUGGAUAACUUAAUUGUUACCUCCUGAUACAGGUGUAAAAUUGCUAAUUUUUUUUCCCAUAAUGAGUCAAGCGGCCUGUAUUGUUUCUAGGUAUAUUCCCUUCUAAUUGUAAUCCCAAUGGACUUCAUGAGACUUUUCAUCUUUUCUCUGUUGCAUUAGUUUUCUCUUUUGUGUUACAUUAUACAAUUAAUCAGUUUUGUCAAUCAUAUUGAUGAACACAAGUGUAUUGAGAUACUGUUUUUGUUGAAUUUGUUACCUUUACUCUUCUUA